CGCCUGCGCACCGCGGCCGCGCCUGCGCACCGUGCCCGGGUCGGCCGGACAGGGUCACCCUGAGGGUGCUACUCCGCCGCGAUGUUGACCCGGUUCCUGGGCCCGCGCUACCGGGAGCUGGUCAAGAACUGGUGGCCCACGGCCUACACGUGGGGUGCGGUUGGCAUCGUGGGGCUGGUGUGGGUCACCGACUGGCGGCUGAUCCUGGAGCGGGUUCCUUACAUCAAGGGCAAGUUUAAAAAGGAUGAUUGAUUCCGCCGACCCUUCGCAGACCCGUCCGGUGCCUGGUGGCGCCAACUCAUCCCACCUCAGCGCCUGCUGUGUCUGGAGCAGUGCACGUCCUCAGGAUGGACAGGAGGAAAUCCACAGCUCCACUUCGGACUUCUGUUUCUGAAAACAGCUUGGAUGUUUCAAUGCACGUUGUAUUAAACCUCACUGAAACCUG